GCUGCUAGAGCAGGCUCCCUCCCCCCUCAUUUCCUACCUCCUCUCAGUCUCCUAUACAUCGUCAGAGGCUCUCACACACGCGCGCGCGCACACACAAAUAUUUACACACUGCCACACCGAAGAAAUCCGUGCCUCCUUUCCUGCACAUACACACGCGCACGCACACGCACUUUAGCCGGCGCUCACGUCCUGUCUCUCACCGACAGACACAGGUAUUUACACACACAGGCCAGGAAAGCGCUAACCACGGUCCUGUGCCUCCACGCAGGUUCCCAAGACACGUCUCUUACAUUGUUUCUGAACCGAUCAGCGCACCCAGACAAACCUGCCAACACUUAAGUCUACUGGCUGGAUUUCAUCUCCAUGGCAACAAGCAUGGAAGGCCCAGAGGUGAUUCCAGCAGGAACUGCGAAGAGCCACGGCGAUGCGCAAGUGAAUAAUGAGUAGUACCUACUGCGGCAACUCUUCGGCUAAAAUGAGUGUCAAUGAAGUAACAGCUUUCUCGUUGACUCUGGAGCAAAAAACUGGCUUUGCUUUUGUUGGGAUUUUGUGUAUCUUCUUGGGACUUCUUAUUAUCAGAUGCUUUAAAAUCCUGCUAGACCCGUAUAGCAGCAUGCCUUCCUCCACAUGGGAAGAUGAAGUUGAAGAGUUUGAUAAAGGGACAUUUGAGUACGCACUCGCAUGAGAGUUUCCAGCUUUGUGAUUUUUAUGGUUAUGCCACUGGGACACGUGGUGGGCACAUUUGUAAUUACCUCGAGUGUGUGGAAGAA